ACCGAGCCGUUACUGUAGUGGAAGUCCAGCGCGCGCACGAUGGGCAGCACGGAGUACGUGCAGAUCAAGGAGCUGAAGGCGGGCAUGAAGAACAUUAACGCGAUCUUCAUCGUGCUGGAGGUGGGCGCGCCCACGCUGACCAAGGAGGCGCGCGAGGUGCGCACGCUGCGCGUGGCGGACGCGUCGGCGUCCGUCAACCUGUCGGUGUGGGACGAGGCGGGCGCGCUGCUGCAGCCCGGCGACAUCGUGCGGCUGACGCGCGGCUACGCGGCGCUGUGGCGCGCGGCGCUCACGCUGUACUCGGGCAAGUCGGGCGACCUGCAGAAGGUGGGCGAGUUCUGCAUGCUGUUCAACGAGCAGCUCAACAUGAGCGAGCCGCAGCCCGCGCCGCCGCCCGCGCCCGCGCCCGCGCCCGCGCUCGACGCGCACAAGACGUACGCGCGCGGCCGCGGCGCGCAGCGCGCCAACAGCCGCCGCUAGGCCCACACUCAUGGCUUCACAACACCUUUGCCUGUAUAUAAAUGGUACAUUACUGGCCGGAAAUAAAUCCAUUGCCGGCCAAGUUAUAUUGGAAGGACGAGGCCAAACUGAGAACAGCCUGAGUGAUUUUAAAAGGAUGAGGCGCCAAAUGAGUAUUGUACAGUUGAGAAAAUGUUUGGGACAGCAGUAGGGAGCAUAGUGAGACACGGAACACUCCUUGGCAACAUCAGUCCAUCCAAGCCUGGGACUGCUAUGGUACAUAAUAUAUAGGAAGUCACUGUGUGGAGUGCAUAAUAUACUGAGUGCAUACAGCUUGCCACUGUGUGUCUAGUCUAUUGGAAUCAUACACAUUUUAGAAUUGUAUUUGUAUGAACGAGAAUGAAUUUACUUUGCUAAAACUAUGUAAUGUCAUAUUUGAUAAUGUUACUUAAAAUAUACUAGCCAAUGUCCACAACUAUUUCUCCAUUGAUUUGGUUUUUUAAAAAUCCUGUUGAAACUGAUAUUCUGGGAUAAAAAGUAGCCUUUAACUCUCUAGGUCUGUAGCUAUAGCCAAUAGCCAUGCAAGAUAUUAUGUGCAUCCGCCACUCCGUUGCGACGUCAUGGAAGGACUAACAAAUAAACCAACAAACAAAAACAGUUUCACAUUUUUAUAACAUGUAUAUUGUAUAUAGUGAUUUACUAUUAUGUCAAAAUAAAUGAAAUAACCUAAAUUAUUCCAAGUGCUAAGGGACUUGAGUGGUGAUAAAUAAAAUACCUAAGGAUUUAAAUUUAAUUAAAUAAUUGAGUUAUUA